AUGUCCAAUGCAAGAAUCUGGGAUAAAGAGCGUCAUAAGCAUUGUGUGAUUCUCACUAGGCAUAUCGGGUUGGUCGAAAAAUCGGAAAGAGACGCGCAUUUGCAUGGGAAGUAUGAGGCAGAACUAAUGACAGUUAAAAAAAGCUUUGGGAUGAAAGUUGCCAGUAUUCGACCAAAGCUGGCGGUAAUAAUUGACAUCUCUCACUGGACCACUAGGAGUAAAAACUUCCGAUGCACUGACAUAGCUUUUUUUCGGCAAUAG